AUGACACAACUACCCGAAGCCGAAGAAAUGGAUCCACCAGAACCCGAUAUGGAGAUGUGGAGCAUUGAAGAAUUAAGGAAGAGAUCUAAGGAACUUAAUCUCUUAGAGGUCGCCGACAUCAUUUCGAAAAAUACUGAUACAAAAGAAUCAUCGCCCGAUAAAAAGGAAAACGAUAGAAGUCCGUCGAAGAGUAGUAAUUCAGGGAGUCAAAUAACAGUCAGAACCAGUCCUGUAGUUGUGGACACGAUACCGGUCUGCCGACAGUGCCACAAAAAGUGUCUCUCUAAACCGAAUAGCCCCUUAGCUUCACAAAAUGAACCGCCUACACAGCUCAGAAAUAAAAAUGAUAUCUCCCCUCAAACCCCACUUUCAAACAAAAGUUCCACUAGUACUUGUAGUGCUAAUUGUGAUAACCGUAAACAAAAGUUCUUCUGCCACUUAGAACGCAAAGGUGCUAUUAAAAUACGUCCGGAGGAUGCCCCCAAAGCUGCUCUGAAAGUCAUUGAUUCGAUAGAACAGAGUCAAAAGAUGUUAAAAUCCACUUCGUACGAUCUCAAAACCGAUUCUCCAAUUUUAAACAGCGCAUCAGUAAAGAAGGAGCAGAUAACGAGGCAAAAGGCAGAAAAUGUACUCAACAAAGUUUUAGGGAUGAACAUUAUUGCAAAACGAGAAAAUGUCGGCACUUGUCUUAAAACGUCAUCGGUGUUCUUAGACGACGAUUCGUUACACGAGGAUGAUAACGAUUUCAAAAUAGAGCGAGGUAUGAAGCGAUCGCCCAGAAUGGGAAUAGCGGCUAUGAGCAAAAUGAACGGCGAUAUAAAUCUUAAGACUGAUAGGGCAGAAGACGUGAAUGCCAACACAAACUCAAACGAUGCGUUGUCUGACGAAGAUUUGGAAUUGGGACCACUAAUGCUUAUGGGUCUCUCGGCAAUUAACCCAGCGGCACACCUCAUGAGAGUUGAACCGUUCAAGAGAAGUUCCGAAAUAGCCCUUAAUAACGUCCAUUCUAGACCGGCAAGCCUCUGUUCAGUGAAAUCAGAAUCCCCCGUACCCAACAUAACAAUAGUUCCCCCGACACCAGACUAUAAUACGACAAAUAAGACUGAUGGAAAUAUUGACGAUUCACCUGAGUCACCAGAUUUGCCCGAAGAUCUGCCUUAUGUUACUUUACGAAGAUACGGUACAAUGUCAAGCCUAGAGAGGCUACCAUCUGAUGAGACUGACGAUGGAAACGUAAGACUGACUACACAAGAGCCAGAAUCGAAAGUAUCAAACUCAGUAGCAAACAGUGUAACCACUGGUACAGCAGGCGGUAUAAUGGGUUGGACUGCGCGUGCGGGCUCCUUCGUGGUGGAGAAGAUGAACAUCUUCAGUUACACAGAGAGCGUGCCCAACACUUCGAUUGCACAUAAGCAGCCGUCUUUCUUAGAAAGGUGUUUGGGUGUGAGCGAUUGGAAGUCAAACUUAGGGACGGAAGAAGGUACGGCGGAGACUGGUGAAGGCAGCGGAGCGAGCGGAGAAGAAGCUUGGGGUACGCCGUCUUCUGGGGACUUGUCGGACAAUCUGCCCGAUUCUGAUCACGGAACGUUAUCGUCAUCGUCAUCAUACGCAGGAGAUGAUGACACAGAACUGAUGAUGGACGAGCUUCUGAUGGCGCCGACAAUAACGGGUCCAACUACUUUAAGGCCGCUGUUACCUAGGGAUGUGUUUAGACGAAGACUGGAGCCAUUGCUCGAAGAAGAAUUUUCGGACAGUGACAGUGAGGAUAACAAGCCCACCCCUACCAAUUCUGACGACCAGGGCAGCGGGCGUGGCCUCGGUGCUGACGACUGCUGCGACGCGCCGCGCCCACCGUCCUCUGCUUCAGGGCCAGCAGAGGACGGACUUGCGGCCGGCGCGCCGGAUGCUGGAAGGGAGGGAGGUGGUGUCGCCGCGUCAGAUCUGAGCCCAGAGCGGACACCAACCAACGAAGUGCCAUCGAUGCCCUUACAAUCUGUUUCAAAAGAAUGUGCGGAGCGAGCCGGUGCUGGUGUUGCCGCUCGUCGGGGCUCAGCAAGCUCGGCCAGCACGCCCUCCACACUCGAGCGUACCACAAUCCACAACCCGACGCCCCAUCAAUUGCUGUCACCAGCUUCGGAGCACCCCUCAGCCCCGGAGCCCACCCUACCGGUAGAAGUCAGAUCUCCAUCGCCGGAGGAGCGGCUGAGCCCCCGGGCGGAGAUGAGAUUGGCUUUGGACCAGGGGAAGGACAUGUUGGCAGAACAAGAGGGUGGCGGGUCCGACCCCUGGUCGUUUCGCGUGGCGUGCCAACGGUCGCUGCUGCGGCGGGUGGCGAGCGCCGACGCGGUGACCCUGUGCCGCGCGCACCCACGCCGAACCGCCCCUCAUACUACUUCGCGCAGUUCUGUAUAUGCCUGGAAACUUCCAGAAAGCGAGAAACUUAUGGAGAUGGAGCAACUGGCACGAGUGGAAGCUCAGACGAUGCGUUCGCGGACGCGCUCUCAAUGCCAGAACGGGAAGAUAUUGAGUUUCCUCCGCCGCCGGGCGUCAUCCGAUAGCCCGCGCCGGGAGCCCUUCAUGGCGGGCGCCGAGCGGCCGUUCUCGCCGCGACGCACGACCGAGAAACACUUCGAGAAAAGAUUCUGGAAGCAGGUGAAUAGAAGACGUCAGUCUCUCGGCUCCAUAAGCCAAAUU